AUGCCUAAAGCAGCAGCAGAGGACCACAGACCUGCUCGAGCGGUAUUACAUGCUCCAUAUCCACUUCCAUUCGUAAUCACCAGAUUUCCUGCUGUUCCAACCGACACUGGCACUUCUGCUCAACUACCAUGUUCACCUGCAUUUUCCGCACCACCCAUUCCAUCCGGUCCAUCAUCAUCUUUCGCACAACAUCAGAACAAUAUCCCAUUACCUCCAGCUUCAAUAGCUGAAUUCCCGACUUUCAACCAUGAUUGGAGAAAAUCAAAACCUGCUUUUCCUCCUAUCCCCUACCCGAUCGCAUCUCUACCUCAAACCGAGCUUCAAACUCAAGUUCACAUCCAAGCGAGCAAGGUUGAAAACAGAAAGAGAAUCAAGAAAUUACAAUUGCUGAAACUGACUAAAAACGGAGACGAAUCCAGUGAAUGGGAAAUGUUCUCAAAUACGACCAUAGAUAAUCUUAACAUCCAUAACAAUAUUCAUAAUUCAUCCUCAAAUCAACUCUCUAAAGAACAGAAAGAGUUGUUAAGUUUGACUAAACAAGUGGGAAGGAUAUCAGCCGAUGGUGAAUUGGAUGAAAAUGACCCAAAUCAAGAUGAAAACAAUUUAUUGAUUUAUUCAUUCAUAUCUUCUUGUAACCAAGGCGAUUUUGACUCACCCGCUUCAGAUAUUGAACCCACUACACCGACUCAAGCGAAACCAUUUCCUCUGCCAAGUACUCGUACAGACACCGAGCAACUUCUCGGACCAAUUGCGACACACGAACAUGAUAAACAGCCAUCGAUACCAAUUGGGCGACCCACACCUUUUCCCGGAUCAGAUGGGUCAUCCAUUUCCACUCAUACCCCAUGCAAGAGGCAUGGUCCAGCUUGGGAUAUAGUCUCAAGCGCCGCCUCCAGUUUCUGGAGUGAUGGGACUGACGCCGAUCAAGCUGAUGAAGAGGAUGGCACUGGUACCAGUAAUAUCAGAUUAUCACCUUUGACACAAAGCUUGAUUACUCCUUCAGCAUCUGCAUCUCGGAAUCGAAGUACUCGAGAACGAAGUUUGAAAAAACAAAGAACCCAUUCACCUGAUCCACCUCUAUUUUUCGGUCGAACUCAUCAGGUCCCAUUCACAUUCGUCCCACUUCCCAAAGCGCCACCUUCACAAUCUUCCUUGGGUGAUUCUGGAAUUCUCGCUUUCGAUGAUAGAGGAGGAUAUAUAUCUGAAGCAGGCAGUGUAAGGACCAUCAGACAGAUCCCAAGAAGCAAAGUGAAUCGAAUGAGAGUGACGGAAAGAGAGCAAUACAUCCAAAAGGAAAAGGAAAGAUCAAUCACUCCCACCCAGAACGAUUAUCCACGUCAGCCAUCUCCACGUCUAAAAACAGCAACUUCUUCACCUGUACAAUCUUCUUCUCUCCCGUAUGGUCUAAGAGGAAGUGCGAACUUAGCAUCAAACAUAGGUAUUCCAUUUCUUUUACCAAAUACGAAUCAUAUGAUUCCACAGCAAACCAACUUGAAAUAUUUAUCCACUAAUGAAGGAGUAAUGAAUGGGACAAUUCCACAGCAAUCAAUGUUUGGAUUAGAACCUUUCCUUUUCUCUCCCAUCGCACCAUUGUUACGUACUUCUGAAGUUUUGUCUUCGCUCACUUCAGGGGAUGGUCCUCCUGUCGCUGACAAGCAAUCAUCAGAGGUGGCAUAUGGAAGAAGAGAAUCAUCAUGGUCGCCACAACCGAUGUCAAUCGAUCCUCGAACUACUGAAAGCCAAUCUUUUGGUAAUGGUAUGCAUCAAGAUGGUGUAAGUUGGCCACAUGCUUUACCUGAUAGAGAACAAAUAACACCUUCAAACGCCUCUUCUUUCUCAUUAUUGAAUAAACACGAGACAAGCUCAGAUAUGGAUGUUCCUAUGCCGACUGCCCAGUCUAGGAUAAUACAAUCACAACGUCGUCAAAAGCAAAAACAUAAAAAGAUGUCAAUGUCAAGAACGGGAUUUCAAAAUGAGCUUGGCAAUAUUCCAAUGGGAAAAGCAUGUCAUAAUUUCUUAUCUAUCAGAAAACAAUUAGCGGCAAAGAAACGAAAAGUCAAUAAUGAUAUUGGUAAACAUAGAAGAGUUAGAGAAAUGAUAAAUGAAGCUAGAUCGAUGAAAAAUAAUGCCACUACUGGACCUACGAAUCAGUCUCCUCCAAAUCAACAUCAUCAUUCAGCUCAACAGCAGCCUCAACAAAAUCAACCUCAGCAGCAGCAGCAGCACAAUCAGCAAUUGACGUUACCAUGGGGAUUCAAUCUUCCCUACACAAACGUUGAUCCCAAUUUCCAAGCUCAACUGUUCGCUCAGAUGAUGCAGAUACAAAUGGCCCAGCAGCAGCAACAGCAAUAUCAAACGGUUCCGCUCCAGCAGCAGACGCCUGCUCAAAUUGGUGUGCCAUUGGGAUACUAUCCCUUUGACCAAAACAUAGGCUUUCCACUCCCUUCUUCUUCGAAUCCAUGGAGUCUAAAUAUGCCUCUUCAACAGACCAACCAAUUGUUGAACCAACAACAGCAGCAGCAGCAGCAACAAAUACAACAUCCCAAUUCUCACCAUACGUGGCUCACUCAAUCACCUAAUGAAAAGUCGAGAUCAUUCCAACCUCGACCAAAUGCAUUCACACCUCAGCCUCAUCCUCAACAACAACCUUCUUCUCAGCUUUUCAGGUUUCCAACUCCAGGACCUACGCCUCAAGCCUCAAACCCCUUCGCUGAUCAUGUUCCAUUCACACCUCGAUCGCCCGAGGUAGAUGUCAAACCACCUAGGAAAAGACGUAGAUCAAUCUCACCUUCUUCAGCACAUGACCUAUUUCUUCAUCAUACCCUUGCUCAUUCCCAUCCCCGUGAACAAGCUCGUUCACCCACUCCCAAGCCAGGUAUGAGUAAACGUCUUUUGUCACCCGCCGAGAUACGUACGCCGAAUCAAUGGAGAACCAAUAUCAAGAAGGAAAGGGAUAUUCAAAGUGAAAUCAAUGAUGAGAGUGAAAAUGAGGGACUGUACGAUGGUGCAUUGUUUGAUAUGGCUCUUGAGAAAGAAGCUAAACAUGAGCAAGUAAAUAAGUACGAAAGAAGGAAUGAAUGGGUCCAGCAAGAAAGAACAAGAGUCGGUAGUCUGAAUCUAGGUUUAGGUUCAGGUUCAGGUUCAAGGGGAACAAUUGUUUUUGAGAACAAGUGA